AGAUUUUAAGAUGUCCUACUCGUCAUCACGAAGCUCCUCGCGUAACACUGACUGCAAGGUGUAUGUGGGUGACCUAGGCAACGGUGCUGCCAAGGGGGAGUUGGAGUGGGCAUUCAGCUACUAUGGACCUCUGCGCAGCGUCUGGGUGGCCAGGAACCCACCUGGCUUUGCCUUCGUUGAGUACGAAGAUCCCAGAGAUGCUGAGGAUGCAACGAAGGGUAUGGAUGGCAAAGUGCUCUGUGGUGCCCGCAUAAGAGUGGAGUUGUCAACAGGCAUGUCUCGCAAGUCACGCCACGACCGCCCCAGCCGCCGGCACUUCGACCCCAACGACCGCUGCUACCAAUGUGGCGAGAACGGCCAUUAUGCAUAUGAUUGCUAUCGCUUUAGCAAGAGGGGGGGCAGCCGCCGCAGCAGGUCCUGCUCACGGUCAAGGUCCAGGGGAAGGCGUUACCGCUCACGCAGCCGAAGCAACGGCCGCAACCGGCGUUAUAGAUCCCCAUCAUACUCAAAGCGCAGAAGCAGGUAAGACUUAAUCUACUGC